UCGGAGCGCAGCAGCGCUGGCUCCUGCUGACAGAGCUGAGCCAGCCCGGGGAGCCCAGCGGCGCGCACUGCCAGCAGCCUCGUUGGCGAUGCGGGGCCACCCCGUGCCCGCUCGAGUCCCGGACCCGGCGCCCGCGGGAAGGGGCUGAGCUGCUCGCCGUCCGGAUGGGGAGCCUCGGCGCGCUUGCCCUCUGCCUGCUCCGGCUCCUGCUCCUGGGGCUGCAGCGGUCGCCGCUGCCCGGCGCCCGAGCGCAGAGCGCCGCAGGUGGCUGUUCCUUUGAUGAGCACUACAGCAACUGUGGGUAUAGCGUGGCUCUGGGCACCAAUGGGUUUACCUGGGAGCAGAUUAACACAUGGGAGAAGCCAAUGCUGGACCCAGCUGUGCCCACAGGCUCCUUCAUGAUGGUGAACAGCUCCGGAAGGGCUUCCGGCCAGAAAGCGCACCUUCUUCUGCCGACCCUGAAGGAGAAUGACACCCACUGCAUUGAUUUCCACUACUACUUCUCCAGCCGAGAUCGCUCCAGCCCCGGAGCCUUGAAUGUCUACGUGAAGGUGAACGGUGGUCCCCAAGGGAACCCUGUCUGGAACGUGUCUGGGGUUGUCACCGAGGGCUGGGUGAAGGCAGAGCUUGCCAUCAGCACCUUCUGGCCUCAUUUCUACCAGGUGAUAUUUGAAUCCGUCUCUUUGAAGGGUCAUCCUGGUUACAUCGCUGUGGACGAGGUCCGGGUCCUUGCUCAUCCAUGCAGAAAAGCACCUCAUUUCCUGCGACUCCAGAACGUUGAGGUGAACGUUGGGCAGAACGCCACAUUUCAGUGCAUUGCUGGUGGGAAGUGGUCUCAGCAUGACAAGCUUUGGCUUCAGCAAUGGAAUGGCAGAGACACGGCCCUCAUGGUCACUCGUGUGGUCAACCACAGGCGCUUCUCGGCCACUGUCAGUGUGGCAGACACCUCUCAACGCAGCAUCUCCAAGUAUCGCUGUGUAAUCCGCUCAGAUGGUGGGUCCGGUGUGUCCAACUAUGCAGAGCUGAUCGUGAAAGAGCCUCCCACGCCUAUCGCUCCCCCAGAACUGCUGGCGGUGGGGGCCACCUACCUGUGGAUUAAGCCAAAUGCCAACUCCAUUAUUGGGGACGGUCCCAUCAUUCUGAAGGAAGUGGAAUACCGCACUACCACGGGCACCUGGGCCGAGACCCACAUCGUGGAUUCUCCCAACUACAAGCUCUGGCAUCUGGACCCUGAUGUGGAGUAUGAGAUCCGGGUGCUGCUCACACGGCCAGGCGAGGGAGGCACAGGACCACCAGGACCUCCUCUUACUACCAGGACCAAGUGUGCAGAUCCCGUGCACGGCCCUCAGAACGUGGAGAUUGUGGACAUUCGGGCCAGGCAGCUGACCCUGCAGUGGGAGCCCUUUGGCUAUGCAGUGACCCGCUGCCACAGCUACAACCUUACGGUGCAGUACCAGUAUGUGUUCAACCAGCAGCAGUACGAGGCCGAGGAGGUGAUCCAGACCUCUUCCCACUACACCCUGCGGGGUCUGCGGCCCUUCAUGACAAUUAGACUGCGCCUACUGCUCUCCAACCCUGAGGGCCGGAUGGAGAGUGAGGAGCUGGUGGUACAGACCGAGGAGGAUGUUCCAGGAGCUGUUCCUCUUGAGUCCAUCCAGGGAGGGCCCUUUGAGGAGAAGAUCUACAUCCAGUGGAAACCUCCCAAUGAAACCAAUGGGGUCAUCACACUCUAUGAGAUUAACUACAAGGCUGUUGGCUCACUGGAUCCAAACGCCGACCUGUCCAGCCAGAGGGGAAAAGUGUUCAAACUCCGGAAUGAAACCCACCACCUCUUUGUGGGUCUGUACCCAGGAACCACCUACUCCUUCACCAUCAAGGCCAGCACAGCCAAGGGCUUUGGACCCCCUGUCACCACUCGGAUCGCCACCAAGAUCUCAGCUCCGUCGAUGCCUGAAUACGAUGCAGAUACACCACUUAAUGAAACAGAAACGACCAUCACAGUGAUGCUCAAACCUGCCCAGUCUCGGGGAGCCCCUGUCAGUGUUUACCAGCUGGUGGUCAAGGAGGAGCGACUUCAGAAAUCCCGGAGAGCAGCUGACAUCAUCGAGUGUUUCUCUGUACCUGUGAGCUACCGGAAUGCCUCCAACCUUGAUUCUCUACACUACUUUGCUGCCGAGUUGAAGCCCUCCAACCUGCCUGUCACCCAGCCAUUUACAGUAGGAGACAACAAGACGUACAAUGGCUACUGGAACCCUCCCCUCUCCCCAUUGAAGAGCUACAGCAUCUACUUCCAGGCACUCAGCAAAGCAAAUGGAGAGACAAAAAUCAACUGUGUGCGUCUGGCUACAAAAGGUGCUUCCACGCAGAAUUCUAACACUGUGGAGCCAGAGAAGCAGGUAGACAACACGGUGAAGAUGGCAGGUGUGAUCGCUGGCCUCCUCAUGUUCAUCAUCAUUCUCCUGGGUGUGAUGCUGACCAUCAAAAGGAGAAGAAAUGCUUAUUCCUACUCCUAUUACUUGUCCCAAAGGAAGCUGGCUAAGAAGCAGAAGGAGACACAGAGCGGAGCCCAGAGGGAGAUGGGCCCCGUGGCCUCAGCUGACAAGCCCACCACCAAGCUCAGCACCAACCGCAAUGAUGAAGGCUUCUCCUCCAGUUCUCAGGAUGUUAAUGGAUUCACAGACGGCAGCCGUGGGGAGCUGUCCCAGCCUACCCUCACCAUUCAGACUCACCCCUACCGGACCUGCGACCCUGUGGAGAUGAGCUACCCCCGCGACCAGUUCCAGCCUGCCAUCCGAGUGGCCGACCUUCUCCAACACAUCACUCAGAUGAAGAGAGGCCAGAGCUACGGCUUCAAGGAAGAGUACGAGGCCUUACCAGAGGGACAGACAGCUUCGUGGGACACAGCCAAGGAAGAUGAAAACCGCAAUAAGAAUCGAUAUGGAAACAUCAUAUCCUAUGACCACUCCCGGGUGAGGCUGUUGGUGCUGGAUGGAGACCCCCACUCUGACUACAUCAAUGCCAACUACAUCGAUGGGUACCACCGUCCCCGGCACUACAUUGCAACCCAAGGUCCAAUGCAAGAGACUGUGAAGGACUUUUGGAGAAUGAUCUGGCAGGAAAACUCUGCUAGCAUCGUCAUGGUCACAAACCUCGUGGAAGUGGGCAGGCACCCAGCGGAACACACUGUGGGAAAUGCCACGCUAGGCCGUGCGUCGUCCCCCGGAAUGGUAAAGUGUGUGCGAUACUGGCCAGAUGACACAGAGGUCUAUGGAGACAUUAAAGUCACCCUAAUUGAAACAGAGCCCCUGGCAGAAUAUGUCAUUCGCACCUUCACAGUCCAGAAGAAAGGCUAUCACGAGAUCCGGGAGCUCCGCCUCUUCCACUUCACCAGCUGGCCUGACCAUGGUGUUCCCUGCUAUGCCACAGGCCUUCUGGGCUUCGUCCGCCAGGUCAAGUUCCUCAACCCCCCAGAAGCCGGGCCCAUAGUGGUCCACUGCAGUGCUGGAGCCGGGAGGACUGGCUGCUUCAUUGCUAUUGACACCAUGCUCGACAUGGCUGAGAAUGAAGGGGUGGUGGACAUCUUCAACUGCGUGCGUGAGCUGCGGGCACAGAGGGUCAACCUGGUGCAAACAGAGGAGCAGUAUGUGUUCGUACAUGACGCCAUCCUGGAAGCAUGCCUCUGCGGCAAUACCGCCAUCCCUGUGUGUGAGUUCCGUUCUCUCUACUACAACAUCAGCAGGCUGGACCCCCAGACUAACUCCAGCCAGAUCAAAGAUGAGUUUCAGACACUCAACAUUGUGACACCCCGAGUACGGCCUGAGGACUGCAGCAUCGGACUCUUACCCCGGAACCAUGAUAAGAAUCGGAGCAUGGAUGUCCUGCCUCUGGACCGCUGCCUGCCCUUCCUCAUCUCAGUGGAUGGAGAGUCCAGCAAUUACAUCAAUGCAGCACUGAUGGAUAGUCACAAGCAACCUGCUGCCUUUGUGGUCACCCAGCACCCUCUCCCCAACACUGUGGCAGACUUCUGGAGACUGGUGUUCGAUUAUAAUUGUUCCUCUGUGGUGAUGCUGAAUGAGAUGGACACUGCUCAGCUUUGUAUGCAAUACUGGCCUGAGAAGACCUCCGGGUGUUAUGGUCCCAUCCAGGUGGAGUUUGUCUCCGCAGACAUUGAUGAGGACAUCAUCCACAGAAUCUUCCGUAUCUGUAACAUGGCUCGGCCACAGGAUGGUUACCGUAUUGUCCAGCACCUCCAGUAUAUUGGCUGGCCUGCAUACCGGGACACACCCCCUUCCAAGCGCUCUCUACUCAAAGUGGUCCGACGGCUGGAGAAGUGGCAGGAGCAGUACGAUGGGAGAGAGGGACGCACUGUGGUCCACUGCCUAAAUGGAGGCGGCCGCAGCGGAACCUUCUGUGCCAUCUGCAGUGUGUGCGAGAUGAUCCAACAGCAGAACAUCAUUGACGUGUUCCACAUCGUGAAAACUCUGCGCAACAACAAGUCCAACAUGGUGGAGACACUGGAACAGUAUAAAUUUGUAUAUGAGGUGGCGCUGGAAUAUUUAAGCUCCUUUUAGCCCAGUUGGAUGGGAAACCUGCCAGAGUCCAGAGGCUGUUUGUUGCAGCUGACCCUCUUUUUCUGUGACUGACGAUGACUGGUCUCAGGAGUUCGGAGGUGGCACACCUGCCCAACUCCUAGAAGAAGACUGGUGGUCUCGUGCUCUGCUGUGGGCUCUGCAGCUUCUGGCGGGUCUUCUGUAGCCGUGGGAGAUGCUGCUGUGAUGGGGCCCGAGCUUCCCUUCUACACCUGAUGACAUGGGGCCCACAGAAGUUUACACUCAAGCAAGGCCCUGGACUUCCAAUCCCCAGACCUCUUGCUUUUGUUCUUUCUGAGUUUGUCAAUCUCAUGACGAGCUGACUGUGCGGGUGCUGGGGUAUGGGGAGCUGGCCAGCCCUUCCCUUGCUGUCCUUAGGAGGACUGGGGGUGGAAGUUCUUCUCCAUUCUAUCUUGCAAAAGACAGUAGUUUGGGGAUCACUGGGUUAUUGGGUUCUACAGUCUCCUAUAAGGGUCUCUGGCAUGAGACACUUGCCAGUCUGUAUCAGUGUGACUUCUGGAUAACCCCUAGACCAUAUCAGGGGUCCUCUUCAUUUCACACCUAACCUAUGCUGGGUUUGACUCAUGACUACCAUCUCCAGCCAAGACCUGACCUUCUGUAUUCUCCUGGCCAACCAGCUAUUUCCACGUCAUACUUGGGCAAGGGUUUCCUUUGCUUUUCCAUAGUCUGUCGGGGAGGAGGAUUCAUAGGAAAUGUUGCAGUACCUUUUUAUCUUUGUAGAAAGGGCCACUCUCCUGGGCAGGUUCUGACUGGCCUCUAUGGUAUAACCCUGUGCUCCCUAGGUGGUACUUUCUGUAUGAAAGACAAACAAGAAAAGCUUUGAUUGUUCUCCCAAGUACAUGUGAAAAGAAACCAUUUGAGAAUAUAAAUCCCGCAUUCCCUUAUGUCAGAAAAAAAAAAAAAGGAAGAAAAGAAAAAGGGAGGAUGGUAGUUUUAGUGUGGCUGUAAAAUACUUUUCUUGGGCUUAUCAUGAUUCCUGGCCAUUCCCUUGAAAAGUCCCACUGAUGACACAGCCGUUGAAGAAGUGAGGUGGUCCUCCAGGGAUUGGUCUCUGAUUUGGGGGGAAAUACAGAAAUAGCUUUAUAAUUUGUCUCUCCAAAUCUGAACACUUUCCUAAAGAAAUCCAGCUGCUGUUUUGAAAAUGGCUACUGUGGCCCCCAGGCUGGUUUCUAAUACAUUAAGCAGGUUUAGCUCCUGGAAUUCUUAGUCUUGCCCAAAGCAUGAGUAAAUUCAGAAAAGGGAAACAUUGGUGAAGCUUUGCCGCAAACCAAGUGCCAUACUUAUCCUCUCCCAUAUGACGUCUCAUUGCACCCCUGGAAAGGGUUUGCAUCACCUCCAUUUUGUAAUUGAAGGAACCCGAGCACCUUCUUCAGUGAUGGAAUUCGGGAUUCAAAAAGACAGGUGAUGGCAAUGAAACCUCCCUGCCAUUUUCUUCAUGCUUUCUCAGCCACGCAGUUAUUUAAUGGAAGAAAAAUAAGGCCAGAAACUUCUGAGCAGAGAGAGAAGGCCAUGAGCAGAAAAUUUAAUUCUUUCUUUCUGCUACCAGUUUUUCUCGGUAGCCCAAACUUUCGGAAAUAUUUUUAUUAACUCAUUCCCAGUUCCCCGGGAAAGCUAAUCUUAUCUAAUUUCUUCAUUGCUAAAAACAAUUCUCAUGUUCCCUCAGGGUACAAGGGAGCCAGCCUGGGAAUCUCUCUAGCCUGGGCUGAGCCACAAUAUUUGACAGCCUUAAUAGCCAGGGGUCUAGAAAGGUCUAUCUUGCAGACUGAUUUAGCCACAAAGUAUGAGGGACACAGAAUCCAAUAAGGUACGCGUCUUGCCCUUCAGGCUCCCUGUAUACUAGGAAAGUUGAGCCACAUUGUAAUAGUGGAACAUACAAGCGUUCAAUGAGCCUAGACAUGAGAGUAACUCACUCUGCCUAGCAACACCCAUUCCAGCUGGGUCUAAACAGAUAGAACAGAAAAAAGGGAAAGUCAAGCCAAGGGGGUUAAUGUGCACAAUGGUAAAGAGAAGUGAGAAAGUAUCAGGAGGGACAGAUGGUGAGAGGUCUGCCCAGCUAGAAUAGAGCACGACAGGGAUAAUAGCAGGAAGGUAGCCAGAGCCAGGGAGGAAAUGUAAAGAGCACGGUCAUCGCCCUGCAGGCAACAAGAAGCUGGCAGAGCUCAACAGUGAUGCACUCAGCUUGGUUUGGGAGAAGGUCCUCUGGACAAGUAGUACAGCAUCUUAUAUCUGAACCAGUAGUACAGCAACUUGGUUUGGGAGAAGGUCCUCUGGACCAGUAGUACAGCAUCUUAUAUCUGGACCAGUAGUACAGCAUCUUGGUUUGGGAGAAGGUCCUCUGGACCAGUAGUACAGCAUCUUAUAUCUGGACCAGUAGUACAGCAUCUUGGUUUGGGAGAAGGUCCUCUGGACCAGUAGUACAGCAUCUUUUCCUUUCAUCAGACACUGUGAAAACAUCCUCCUCUGUGUGUGCUUUUAAUGUUACCUGUGCGUAAGUGUGUGUGUGUGUGUGUGUGUGUGUGUGUGUGUGUGUGCGCGCGCGCGCGUGCGCGCGCACGCGCGCAUGUGCGUGUGUUCAUUAUUUUGUUGCUGGAACAAAUAUGGACUGGAUCAUGAAACUCAGCUCUUGUGUAAAACACCAGGUCUCUACUCUACCAUGGGGCAGGGUCAACAACCCUGACCUCUAAACCUACAAGGACAAGAUAUGAAAGGAAACCAGGAAGUCAACUUCCAUUGGCAUGAGCCCAGGACCUGUCUAGAAGUCCAAGAACACCAGACCUGAUCAAGGAAGGCUGUCACUUUAGAGGUUCAAAAGAAAAUAUCUCAAAGCAAAGGCAAACGAAGGGGUCCCAUGAUUCAUUCUUCUCCUUUGAUGGGCCUCUUACCAGGUAGAUUUGAGUCUAUCCGCAGGCCCCAGCCCCUACUGGUCCUUCUGGUUUCCUGUGGCUCUUGUCUUCUAUUCCAAACGGACUUUCCUAUAGCCUGCAGGAGUCCGUAGCAUAACCAAUUAGCAUGUUGCAUGCUAUUUCCUCAGAUCUUGGACAGUCCCAACAGGAAGCGGGCAGAGGAAGGAUUAUUUCAUAGAAAUCCUAGAAUUCAUUCUGCUGAGAAAGGGGUGAAAGAGCUGAAAGAUAAAGAUGACAGUGGUCUCUAUCAUUUCAAACAAUGGGAAUUUGAGAGUAAGUUCAGGGGGAAAGAAAUGUGUGAAAAUUCAGGCCAUGCUGAGGGAACUCUCCAAGGGUUAGCCCAUCCCCUUAUUUUCUCAUAACCCAGUCACCCUCAAAGAAAGUGGUCUUAGGCCAGUGUGCACAAAAAGAAAAUGAGGCACAUGGACAGAAAUGAGAUUCUUCAGAUUCAGUGGGAAACAUGCAGAAGUGCUUAGAUGAAAUGAAGAUGGUACUAAGGAAUUUAUAAGGUUUUUCUUCCCAGGAAACCUCCCAGGGAAAUCCACCUUCCAAGAGUCUCGUCUCAUUUCUAUUAUAGAAUGAGCUCAUCUUUACAUGAGCAAAGAAAGGGUACCAAAGAGAAUCCUCACUUAGCAAGAUCUUCCUAUUGGUCUCUAUUGGAAUAUAAAUGGAUAAGGUGUAAGAUAUAAAUGAGAUACGAUCAACUGUCCUCACUUGGGUGUGUUUAUGGCCUACAUGGCUUCAUGUUGGACCACAGCUGCAUCUCAACAUCAUAUUAUCGUACUGAUAGGAUUAUCGUGGAGGAGGUAGGGGCCUGUCAGCCACUAGACAGCCAUAGCACAGCCCUUUGUAUAGGAAUGGAAGAGGCCACUUGCUUCAGGUAUUUACCCUCACUGUGGGGCUGAGCAAUCAAUGUCACCUACUCUGUGGAACCAGCAGACUCUACUGUAGACUCUAAACCAUGAGUUCACUCUUCCAACACUUCUGAAGUGUCUGUGACUGUGGCAAUCACUACUUUACUGGCAAGGGAAAAAAAUCUAGAGAAAGAACUCACUUACCUAUAUAAGCAAAUUUUACCUGGUUUCUGAGCACAGAGACAAUAUUCUUGCACCAUGGUAUCUGGGAUUUUCCCACUCUUAACAACAGAAACAAGAGUGAAAGUAAUGACUCAGUAAAUAGUGAUAAAGCCCAGGGAAGACAAUGGUCAGCUUCAAAUUCCUUUAGAGCCUCAUGUUUUACAUUCAUAACAUAUUUAAAUUCCAUUUGCUAAUUUAUUCUCUGUAGUUUAAAUAUGACUGCAUAAAUAUAUAUAUAUAUAUAUAUAUUUUUUAAAUCUGCCCUUUGUCUCAUACAUCUCUCUGAUGGACCUUGGAGAAUGAUAUCUCUAUCCAAGGUAUAGUACCUAGUCUUGUUCCUUACUUCCAAGGUCAGUUCUCACUCAAGUUCACAUCAACUUAUACUCCCCUAGGCACACUCAUUGCUGUGUGCAUAUCCUGACUGCACGGCUCCUGACAUUCAGCUUAGGUCUCUUCUUGCAGAAGGUUCUGCAAGGUACCUACUGAGAGACCAGAAUAAUGAGGACUUACCUACCAGGCAUGGUGAAGGUUGAGCCCACAAAACCCAACAGACAAAGGAGAAACAAGAUGUAGUCUUACUCAGAAGAUCCUUCACUAUUGGGAAGUGCCUAUUGUCUUGGUAGAGUCCUGUGGCUUUUGAUAUGGGCAAAUCUUAGGAUAUAUGUCAUACAAACAUUUGGAAUCUUAAACACCAUUUGCUUAGCUCUAUACAAUCCUUGGGUUCCUAUAACAUCCAGCACUCCAAACAGGUACCACUAGGAAAGACAGACAGAUCACUAUGGCAUGGUACACCAUGGUAAGUAGGAUAAGAGCUUGCUCUUUGAUUUGAACUCCAACUUCACCAUUUUUGGACAUUAAAUUAUCAGGCUGAACAAUACAUGGAAAAAUCCUUGGCUAGGUUAGAAGUGGUUAAUCAGGAAGGCUAGGGUAGGAAAAUUGAAACUCAGUGUCUUCUUAGAAGUAAGGAUGAUUAUGGGAUGUAGAGCUGAGUGAUAAAUGAUGUGGGGGAUAGAAUAAAGAAAGUCACCCUUCGUUAGCCUGUAGCUGGCCACCCCUGCUAACCAUCAGCACCAAGCUAAAACAAGUUCCACAAGAUAUGUCUAGAUCCAAGGCUAAGCAUGAACAAUAUGUUGAUCCAAUACCAUAAAGUCAAUAGAUUAUACUGAGAUGAGUUACCUAAAAAUGAGUCACCAACCCAGGCUGAUAGGCAAAACAAAAGAUAAAAUGGAGAGAUAACAGUGUCAUUUGAAAGCCUUGACUUGCCUUUCCCAUUGGCCAAUCAAUGUGAAGCCCUCCUUAGCCUCUUGCCAGCUCUAACAUACAGCCACAUAUAGCAGAAAAAUGGGAAAAGUAAAUUCAACCAUAGACCAACUGAGAUUCUGCCUCGUUUGUGUGGGUUCCCUGUGUGAGAUCUUCCCUAGAUACAUAUCAAAAUAUCAAAAACUACAAAACUCAGAGCCUUCCCUUUACCUAACAUGGUGUCAUCUUUAAAAUCCUAUCCUUUCUGAAUGAGAGAGAGAGAGAGAGAGAGAGAGAGAGAGAGAGAGAGAGAGAGAGAGAUGCUGGUGGACAGUGGGAGAAAAGGAAUAGAUCUAACUCGAGUUUUCUCUGACACAUAUUUCCGGGUCGUGGAGCUAAUCCUCAGAACACACCACAAAUAUCUCUGUCAUUUUUCUGUAUGAGAAUAGGCUCUUUGAGUUUCUUGGUAAUCAUGGAUAGACUCUUGUAUGACAGUGGCUAUAAACUGUAUUAUGGAGACCAAGACCACCUCUUGCAUACCUCCUAGCAAUGUCCACAAGGGGCGGAAAAGCUAUCAAAAGACCACAAUCACCCCUAAAUUCCAUUCAUGAAUAUUAGGUGUCCCACAGGUGGAGUCAGCAUCCACACUGAUAGCCCCGCAAACCUGAUACCCUUUUACCUAGCAUGGAUCCACUUAAGAGCUUAGUGGUGGUCCGCCACAGCUGGUACAGGAGAUGGUCAAGGACUGGGAUGGAAGACAAUCUACUAGAAAAGACUUUGAAAGGUGGUUAACAAUGAGGCUUCCUUCUGGAUCUGAGAACCUCUCUAGAUGGUAAAAUGUAGACUCUGUUUGAAAGUUCAGAGAAUGAUGCCUAAGGGCCCUGGAAUCUUAGACAGCAAAGUAAUGGUAGGAGAUCUGGGCCAUGGAGGGUACCUAAUGUGGGUCAUGGUUCUUCAGUGAGAAUAAUUUCUAAGGGCUUUGCGUGCAUAUUCAUGUUAGUCUAGAAAAAUGUCACCCUCCUGAAGGGACAGGCAGGAUACCAGUAUCCAUAAUCUUCAUAAGACUGCGGAUGCUUGGAUAGAGUCAUGCAGAGUUUGCUACCUUGGUGACUCCUAUGAGGGGUGCUAAGAUGAAUGAAGAAACAGGGCCUGUGGAAAAGAACUUGACGACUGCCAGAGAGGCUAGCUAACCAUUUCACGCUUCCCAGCGGAAGCUGGACUUCUCCAUCUGCUGGUGUGAAGUGCAGAAGCAGCAUUGCUGUGAUAGACUUCAAAGUCAGUUUCGCCUUUGCUGGGCAAAUCCUCCCAGAGUGAGAGUCGUGUUUGAACCCGUCCCUGCAAACUAUAAGCUAAGCAGGUCAUGCUUGGUUUGGGAGGUGGAAGCCCCCCUGCUUUCCAAUCAAAAGGCAGCCCUAGCUGCGCAUGGUUACUGCCAAUCACAGGGAGCAGCUCCUUGGCCAUACACCUGAUGCUUACUGAGAAGGACAGCCAUCACCCAGACCCACUGGCCAUAAAGGUUCUCAGUGACAGCCAGAACCAAUAAAGGUCCAGGCAGGAGUCGUAACAAGACUUUGCUUCCUGCUAACUCCAAAGGUUGAUUCAGCCUUCAGUCCCUACUCAAGGCCUGCAGGAAAAGAUUUCAAAAGCACAGUGACUCUGUGGACACCCGAUCAUAAUCAUUCCCAAUGCAUACAUUUUAUUACCAACUGGAUCUCGGGAUAGCCCAGGUUAACUCAUAUUUGCAAUCAGGCUCAAAAUCACAUUCUACCUUCUCUCUCCACUCUAUAUCCUAGUAGCCAAUCAAAGGUCCAGUCAUAGCUUCUAUGGUUGCCUUGGCUAGUGGCUACCAGUACAGCUCUCCACGGGCUAUCAUGAGGUCCCCAGUCUAUACUAGGGAGGCUGACAUUUUCAUACCCAUGUGGCGUAUGAUAUCACAUGAGACCAAAGUCUCCACACUAUUUGACGCCUCCACAAAUUCCAGUGGCCUGCACUUGUACAGUUUGGGUGUUUGAUAGAUAAAGCACGUAUGAGAAGAGAAAACAAAAUAAAUCAACUUCAAAAAAUAAAGCCAGCACUGUGCUGUCGAUUUUUUUGUUUUGUUUUCUUGUUUUUUUUUUCCUUUUUCUUUCCAGUUCUAGCUUCAAAAAACAGAAGGUAAAUAAUGUCAGGUCAAUGAAUAUCAGAUAUAUUUUUUGACUGUACAUUAAAGUGACGUGUAAUCUUUUUACACCUGCAAGUCCAUCUUAUUUAUUCUUGUAAAUGUUCCCUGACAAUGUUUGUAAUAUGGCUGUGUUAAAAAAAAUCUAUACAAUAAAGCUGUGACC